CUUCUGCGGCUGCCGUAUCCGUGUCUGCUGAUGACAGAGUUGGUUAGCUUGUGGGGAGUCAAUCAUGUCCAGUAAAGGGGGAAAACAAAGUCGGAUUUCGGACAGAAAGGGCACCGGGGAUGAGGAUGAGGAGCAGCCUCUUCAGGCUGUUUUGGUGGCCGACAGUUUCAACAGAAGAUUUUUCCCGGUGACCAAAGACCAGCCUCGGGCGCUGCUGCCUCUGGGCAAUCUUGCCAUGAUCGACUACACGCUGGAGUUCCUCACAUCAACUGGGGUCCAGGAGACCUUCGUCUUCUGCUGUUGGAUGGCUCCCAAAAUCAAAGAGCACCUGCUUAAGUCCAAGUGGUGUCGACCCACAUCUCCAAACACAGUUCACAUCAUCACGUCAGAGCUAUACCGCUCUCUAGGGGAUGUGCUCAGGGACGUGGAUGCAAAGUCCCUUGUGCGCUCUGACUUUGUGCUAGUCUAUGGAGAUGUGGUCUCAAACAUUGAUGUCAGUCAGGCUUUACAUGAACACAGACACCGUAGAAAAAUGGAGAAGAACAUCUCUGUGAUGACAAUGGUGUUUAAAGAGUCGUCACCAGGACACAGAUCUCGCUGCGAGGAGGACGACAUCAUUGUUGCAAUGGACAGUAAGACCCAACGUGUCUUACACUACCAGAAAACACAAGGGCUUAAGAAACUGCAGUUUCCUAUGAACAUAUUCCACAGUACAAGUGAUGAAUUUGAAAUACGACAUGAUCUUUUGGACUGUCACAUUAGUAUAUGUUCUCCACAGGUCGCUGAACUUUUCACAGAUAACUUUGAUUACCAAACUAGAGAUGACUUUGUGCGGGGAAUUCUAGUCAAUGAAGAAAUCCUGGGUAAUCAGAUACACAUGCAUGUAACCAAGGAUGGUUAUGGUGUUCGAGUAUCCAAUCUGCUCAUGUAUGACUCUGUGUCAUCGGAUCUUGUGCGGCGGUGGGUUUACCCAUUAACCCCUGAGGCUAACUUCACUGACCACAAGGGGCGCAGCUGCACAUACUCUCGCCACAACGUCUACAGAGGGUCAGGAGUGAGCCUGGGCCAGGGCAGCCAGAUGGAGGAAAAUGUGCUGAUUGGCUGUGAUUCCAGCAUUGGUGGCAACUGUCACAUCUCAAACAGUGUCAUUGGUAACAAUUGCACCAUAGGUGACAAUGUAAUUUUAGACCACGCCUACAUUUGGAAUAAUGUUCACAUUGCAAGCAAUGUGAGAAUCAGUCAGUCUGUGGUCUGUGACAGAGUAGUUGUUAAAGACGGUGUGACACUAAAUAAACAGUGUGUCCUUGCAUUUAAUGUGGUUAUUGGACCAAACAUUUCCGUACCUGAAGGCACUGUGUUGUCCAUGCACCACCCAGAAGAGGAGGAGGAAGAUGAUGAUGAGUUUCUCAGUGAUGACGCUGAAGUUGGUCAAAGCAAAGACAAAAACAAACAAAAAGUGUUUAAUCCAAAAGAAGUUGGAGAGGAAGGAAAGGGUUACAUCUGGAAGGCUAGUCUGGAUGACACAGAGGAUGAAGAGUUGGCACACUGUCUUUGGGGUUUGGUGUUGAAUCCUGACCUUGAGAGUGAAAGUGAAGCCAGUGAGCCAGAGGAUCCUGAUGAUCCUGUGAUCCCCUCGCCAGAAAUGGACGAUGUCAAAGUUUUUCAAUUGGAGGUUUUGGGAACACUUCAAAGAGGCCUGGAGGAAAAUAUCAGCUGUGACAAUCUUGUACUUGAAAUCAACUCUCUCAAAUAUGCCUACAACAUCACUUUGAAAGAGGUCAUGCAGAUUUUGACUCGAACGGUGCUGGACUGCCCUUUUCAACAACAGGGAUCACAGCUCACCACUGCACAAUAUGUUGCUCUACUGCUACCGUUAUUGAAAAAAUGGGCACCUGUGUUUAAAAACUAUGUAAAAAGAGCACAGGACCAACUGGACUGUUUGUCUGCAUUUGAAGAGCACUUUCUCGAAGUGGAGUCUCACUGGGCUGCUAUGGUCAAGGUUUUAAUGAACAUGUACCAGCUGGAGAUUCUAGAGGAAGACAUGAUCCUUCGCUGGUUUUCCCAGGGAGCAACCACCGACAAGAGCAGGCAACUUCGCAAAAACCAAGGGCUUCAGAAGUUUAUUCAGUGGCUGAAGGAAGCAGAGGAGUCUUCAGAGGAGGAAGCAUAGUUAACAAACUCGUUUGCACAAAGGGGUAAAGAGCUUCUAAUUCUUGGAACUAUCUCAGUGCCACACGUUGCAAGGACUAUGGAAUAGGCUAUAUAUCUCAUUAUAGAAAAUAAAGACUUCCGACUGUUAUAA